AUGGCCAAAGGCUUCAGCGUUGCACAGUUCAAAAUGCUGGAGAAACACGUGUACUUUUUACGUGGUGCCCUGUUCCCUUCGAACACGCCUGACACCAAGGCCAACCAGCUAAUUUUUGAAGGAAGUGACGUUGCCAUGAUAGGCCCCAUCAAAGACUUUCAAGGCGAUUUAGUGGACAACAUUGGCGUCACUGGUUUAGGUAUUGUUGUCGAAAUCAACUCUAUUGUGGAAGAGUGUUGUCAGUACAUGAAGAAAUCACCGGACCAAGACCCCAUCCAAACCACUGUCUUCACAGUCCAACACACUGACUACCAUCCUGUCAUGAAAACGGCUCAAUCCUGUUGGGUUGAAUACAGGGUUCGUCCAACACCAAACCUUGCGAAGAUAGCGGGAUACGUCAAGAUUGGCCGCAAAUGCCAAUUCCACGGGUACAUGCGGGAUUACAAAGAGAGUACAUCGUGCUAUGUUAUUGUUGCAAACAAGGUUCACAUGACUACCGGUUUCCAAGAAAUAGCCACCCAAGCUCCCGCCAGGAACGGCAAUGUUGAGGGCCCCUUUAAGCAACCAAAGAACCAACACCUUCCUGGCAUUUCACUUCGCCAACAGGCUCAGUUGCAGGAAUCACGUCGGCCACCUUCAACACAGCCAGUGCGCAAUUCCCUUUGUCAACACCGUUGUCCAGCACCAUGGUUGGCUCUGGCUCCAGCAAUCAAACCACCCCUGAUGAAGUAG